GAGAUUGGAGCCAGGCACCGAGCGACCAGACACGAAGCAGACGCAGCUCACGUUAAUGCGCAAAGCGUUUAGCGCAGCGUUAGCACAAGAAUAAACGACGAGAGAAGAAGAGAAAGGAGAGAAAGGCGAGCGAAACAGAAAGGAUGGGACAUAAAGGGGCAUUAUUAUUAAUGACUUUACUGUCCUACUGCGCGUGGAGAGAUGCUGAGGCUCUGGCUAUGACUGAGGUGAAUGGACCGGUGGGGGGCCCUCUGGUGGUCGAGCCUCAGAUUGCGAUGUUCUGCGGUCGUCCUCUCCUACACAUAAACACUGAGACCGGGCAGUGGGAGCCGGACCCUCAGGGCCGUCAGGGCUGCUUCACUCAGCCCAACAAAAUCCUCUCCUACUGCCAAGAGAUGUACCCAGGUCUGCAGAUCUCUCAUGUGGAAGAGGCCUCUGCUCCAGUGACGAUCCCAGCGUGGUGUAAGAAAGGCUGGGGUCACUGUCAGACUCGUCAGUUCAUCGUCAUCCCCUACCGCUGUCUGGUAGGAGAGUACGUCAGUGAGGCUCUCCUCGUUCCUGACCGUUGUCGGUUUUUACAUCAGGAGCAGAUGGACUCCUGUGAGAGCUACGUCUACUGGCACAAUAUUGCCAAAGAGGCUUGUACAGCAGACAGUCUGGAGUUGCAUAGUUACGGGAUGCUGUUGCCAUGUGGCGACCGUUUCCGGGGAGUGGAGUAUGUGUGCUGCCCAGGCCGAAGUGGGGCAGGUGGUCGUGGAGAAACAGAGGGAGUGGACUCAGCUCAGGGAGCAACUCCACCUCUAGUGUCCCUGUCAGGGGAGAAAGAGGCCACAAGUGUGAAGAUAACGCCCCCCACUCCCAGCCCCUCCCCCGAAACAGACAUAGAGGAGGACGACAUGGAGGAGGAAGAGGAGGCUGUGGAGGAGGAAGAGGAAGAAGAAGCAAAUGAGGAGGAGCAGGCUGAGGCAGAGGAGGAAGAGGAAGAGGACGAGGAAGAUGAUGAAGCAACGGCCACAGCAGCGAAGGACCCAGAGGAAUACGAGUAUUCCAUCGACUCCGGACCCUAUCAGGCAUCGGACUACCUGGACAACUUCUACUAUGACAAAUCCGGAAAAUCUGCAACACAACAGCCCCAAACUCGCGGGGACAGCUUGCCCACUCCUCGUCCUACAGAUGGAGUGGACGUUUAUUUUGAAAUGCCCAGUGAUGACAGCGAACAUGCCAACUUCCUCCGUGCCAAGAUGGACCUGGAGGAGCGGCGGAUGAAGCGCAUCAAUGAGAUCAUGAAGGAGUGGGCGGAAGCAGACAACCAGUCCAAGAACCUCCCAAAAUCUGACCGCCAGGCACUCAACGAGCAUUUCCAGGCGGUGCUGCAGACUCUGGAGGAGCAGGUCGCUGGUGAGAGGCAGCGGUUGGUGGAGACUCAUCUGGCCCGUGUUGUGGCUACUCUGAACAACAACCGCAGACUGGCUCUGGAGAGUUACCUCAGCGCAGUGCAGAGUGACCCCCCACAGCCGGAGCGUGUGCUGCAGGCGCUGAAGCGUUAUCUGGCUGCGGAGCAGAAGGACCGGCGACACACACUGCGUCACUAUCAGCACAUCGAGUCUGCGGACCCUCAGAAGGCCGAACAGAUGAAGUUCCAGGUGUACACUCACCUUCACGUGAUCGAGGAGAGGAUGAACCAGAGUUUGGCUCUGCUGUAUAAAGUCCCCACCCUGGCUGAGGAGCUCCAUGAUGAGAUCCAGGAGUUAUUGCGGACAGAGAGAGGGGAUAUCAGUGAAUUGAUGACAACCUCAUUCUCUGAGACUCGCACUACGGAGGAGCUGCUGCCUGCCGAGAGUGAGGAAGAGAAGGAUGAUGAAGAAGAAGAGGAGAGGGCCUUCCAGAACCGACCCUACCCACCCCACACGGACCCACAGCCGAGCAAUAAGAAAGUGUCUGUGGACGAGUAUGAUUACACCACUUCUGAGAGAGGUCCCACCUACGAAUAUGAGGAGAAGAUCAACACCUCAGUGGAGCUGAAACAGGUGGUCUACAAAUCCUCAGGAAUCCAGAGAGAUGAGCUGCAGCCGGACGUUCUGGAGACGUUUAACCGCGGCGCGAUGGUGGGGCUGCUGGUGGUUGCCGUGGCGAUUGCAAUGGUGAUGGUCAUCAGUCUGCUGCUGGUGCGUCGCAAACCGUACGGCACCAUCAGCCACGGAAUCGUAGAGGUUGACCCCAUGCUGACCCCAGAAGAGAGGCAGCUCAGUAAGAUGCAGAACCACGGCUAUGAGAACCCCACCUACAAAUUCUUUGAGCAAAUGAACUAAAGGAAAAUAUAUAUAUAUCUGUGUAUACCCACACCCCUCCGCUCACGUCCUGUUUUCUAGCAGGGGUUUCCAUAGCAACCCUCCCCUCCCCGUAUACCGUAUGUACGUUUCCAUGACCGAUGUUCAAAAUGAAAAAUCAAACACGGCACGCAAAUAGGGAGUUUGCACUAAAACGCUAACCCAAAAACACCCUCAAAAACGAGGAGAGGAGUCUAAUCAGCGAAUCGGGGAGCUUACGUAUGCGUGUAUGUUUCUUAUCCCCCAAAAUUACUAUUCUUUUGUUUUGUUUAGACGGAUGCUGAAACCAUGGCAAGGCUUACACUUCAUACAAUCAUCCAGAAAACAAUGCUGAAACAGCUUCAGUUUCUGGAGUAGACUCAGCGUCCCCCUGUAUUUAAGUGAAAUAGGUGUCUAACAUGUCGUAGAGCAUUUUUUUAACGGUUUUCAUUUGAAAGAAAUUGAUUCCAUGUGAAACUGUGAGGAGGAAAUAAUAUAUUUUUAAUUCAAUGUCAAAAAAAUCUGUGAGGGAACUCCAAUGUAGCUCCAAAAAUGGACAAACUCAUCCACAGAAAUGUAUAAACGGUCACUUAACUGCAUUUUUAAGUUCUCUGGGUUAACGCAUACGGGGGGGAAAGAAUAGCCCAGUGGUCCGCGGGUGGGGAGAAGCCUCUCUCAGCCGAUUCUCACUCUGCUAUUUCAUUUUUCACGUAAAUAAAUAAUCCCAUCAUCGCUCCAAACGUACCACACACCUAAUCGAUCAGCGCUAAAGUUAUUUUUUAUCAAUUAUCAUUAUUUAUUGUUCCGCUUCUUAGAAAAAAAAGAAAAGAAAAGAAAAUCGGAGUAACCUACAGUCCAUUAACUUAAAGAAGAGCAUGCUGAAUUUGGUGUAUGAUGCUAUAAACGUACUUGUGUUGUUCCUGUUUUUUGCUUUUCGAUGAACUUAAAAUGUCACAGUUAGACAACAACGUGUAUAUAAUUGAAGGUAACUAAAAAUAGACGUUUUUAAUUGUUAAUUUGUAUCGACGCGAUGUGUGGAGUAUCGAACUUUAAAGAUGACUUUGUGCUGCUCACACAGAGAGAGAAAAAAAAACAAAAAAAAAUACAAUUUCCUAACAUGGCUGAAUGAAAACGGACUGUUGUAUAAACCAGCACAAGACAACGACACAG